AUGUAUGACCCCAAUGAUACACUUUCGCCGAACACCAUCGAUACUUUAGUUGCAAUAUUUGACGAACCGUUAGCUUCCACCUCGGGCACUGGCGGCGGAACUAGUACCACCACAGAUUUAUCCAAUGUUAUGCCAUACUCGUUAGACUUGAAUCUCAAUCUUGUGCCCGUGGAUGUUCCUGGAAAUGAUAGUGUUAGUGGUAAUGCCAAUCUUGCAGCAACAACAGCAGCUAAUACCAGUAAUACGGGAGUAGGUGUGCCGUUAGGAAACACUAUACUUGGAGGCUUUGAUGUUUUAGAUAAUAGUACCACCACCGCUACAGGCGGUCUGAAAAAUGUGCAGCCGAUAAAUUCACAGCAGCAGCCUCCUCAGCAACCGCAUUUACAAGAUGUAUUUCCACGUGAGGAGUUCAAGUUUUUGCCAAAAAUAUAUGAAUUGUUUGAUGUUUUCGAGUCGAAAACGGAUAGUAGACCACAGGUUCACCAACUGAUGGAAAAAUUAAGACAUCAAUUUGAGCAUGGUCGUAGUAUUCUUGAGAACUUGCCAGGUGUUGAUUUAGUACGAGAACAGCAAGAUCGAUUGAUUCACAAUCAGAAAGAAUAUCUGCUAAAAAGAAAAGCUCAGCGUCAAAAAUACUUGAACCUCCCUUUACUGAAAAAUACCUUCGGACCACGUGUCACUCACCACAGGACUUCGUCAAAACUGAUCGAUAGUGCCAUUGCGUUGCCGUCAAAUGACAGCAUCAUGAUUAAUAUUGAUAGUAACGACAAUACUAAAAAUGACAAUGAGCAUGAGCAGACAACAACGGUGGCUCCAACAUUUGAUGUGGUUGAUUCUGUUAAUAUUGAUGAAUUAUUCACGUUUGAACUUGGAAAUGAUUUAUCUAUCGGAUAA